CACGGCGAUCCGUCCCAGGCCCCCCUGCUCUACCUGGUGGCCGCCCUCUGGGGACUGGGCAGCGCCCUGAACAAGACCAGUCUCAGCACGCUCCUGGGGAUGCUGUACCAGGACAAGGAGCGCCAGGACUUCAUCUUCACCAUCUACCACUGGUGGCAGGCGCUGGCCAUCCCCACACCCUUGCUCAACACGCCCUCUCCCCUCCCCCAGGCCAAGCUGUCCAUCAUGCUGCUGACCCUGCUGGCCUCCGUGCUCUCGUACCUGUGGAUGGAGCACAAACUGGUGGGGCACGUGAUCUACCGUGUGCCCAAGAUCCCCAAGCCGCGGCACAAGGUGCGGGGCUACCGCUACUUGGAGGCCGAGAACUCGGACGAGACGGGCUCGGAGGGGGAGGGGGAGUCGGAGCAGGACAGCGACGGCUCCCAGGGGGAGCAGGCCGGGCGCCGGCGGAAGUGCGCUUAUGAGCAGACGCUGGGGGAGGAAGAGGAGGAGAAGGUGGACUAGCCGCCCCACCCCCAUGCCUGCAUCCUUCACUAACUCACUGCAGCUUCCCUCCCAUGUCGCUCACUGAGUCUGGUGCUGGAUUGUCCCCCCGCUGCCCUGUGCCAGCCUGGUCUGGCGGCGUCCCCUGCCCUCUCGCAGGCCUGGAGGCAGAGCGGGUACCCACAUGCCAAGGCGACCUGCUGACUAUUCCAGAGGCACUGGGGUUCUGCCACGACUCCCAGGCCGUGUCCCAGGGCCGGCUGGCAAUGCAGCUGUUUAGCAUCAGGCCCUCUGGCCUGCCCCCCGGCAUGCCUCCUGCACUACUGGGGUCUCCUUUGUGCUGCUGGAGCUGGUCAGGAAACAGGCCUGCUCUCCAGGGGUAGGCACUGGCUUGUCAGCCCCGGCCUGUGCGUGGUGCUGUCCCUGGGGGGCCCGGCCCAGCCCUGGGAAGUGGGCAGCGGGGAUGUUCCCAUCUGCCAAGAGCAGCCGGCGCUUUUCCCGGCACAGCCAGGGCCCACAGACAGGGACAAGGCCUGGCCCGCAUGGCUCUCCUGGCAAAGCGAGAGUGUGGACCGGAGAGCCCUCUGCCAGCCCUCCCUUCCACGAGGGCCUCACCCUGCACUGCAGUGUAGCACCCCUCGGGCAGGUACCCUGUGAGCGGGGAAGCCCACGAGGCCAGGCCAGUCGGGGUGCUGGGGCUGCAGUGUCCUGCCCCACAGCACGGUGGCUGCGAGUUCCUGCUGCAAGCAAGAAGCAAAGCAGGCUGAGGCUUCAGGCCCUUCCCCUGCCCGCACUGUGUGGAUCUGGGCUGUGGGGAAUGCGGCUUGGGUCCUGUGGGGGCAGGGCACCCACAGGCCAGAUGCCCUGGCACCCUGGCCCAGACCAGCAGGUGCACGUUGGGGCCCACAGCUACCUCGCCAGGCUGGCUCCCUGGCCUCUCCUGAGGAGCCCCGAGGGCAAGGGGGACCGUGUGAGUGAUGGGGAAGGUUCCGUGGUGGCUGUUGGACCGAUGUUGGGGGGGACGACAACAGUUGGGGUGAUACGGAAGGUUCUAUGGCGGCUGUUGGAGCGAUGUGGAGGG